CUAUCGGUAAAAACAAAAGGUGUACAUUUCUCUCUGCCAUAAUCUGAUCCUAGAUAUAUCACUCUCAUCAUCCUAGGACCUUCCGUCCGAGAGCUAUUGACGAGCAAACUCUGAAUAAAAACAAAUUUACUGCGGUCUGUUGAAGACGGAGGACUGUUUCGAUCUAUCUUUUCCUAAAUAAGGUUUAACUAAUGCCGUUUACAUUUUUUGGGCAGCAGCCAGCAGUUGCCUAAUGAAGAGAGUGUUUACUUAGAGUUAAAAGAACUGUGGACUUUGACCUGUGUCCGGACAGCAGCAGCAAUAUUCACAGGAAACAAAACAGCUGCGAGGAUCAUCUUUGAGGAGUUGCAAAUUGGUUUGUUGUCGCUGUUCAUGGUGCUGAUGUUCCAGGAAUGGUGGAGACGCUAAGUAUCGCCGUUAUCGGAGCUCCCGGAGUCGGGAAAACUUCCAUAAUCCGUCAAUUUAUUUAUAAUGACUUCUCAGAGGUUUACACUCCAACCAGAGCCAGGUAUGUGUACAGACCCUCUGUGAUUUUGAACGGUAACAUGUACGACCUGAAGAUUUUGGAUGUCCCGCCAAUUUCGUCGUUCCCCUCCAGCUCGAGCCAGGAGUGGCUGGACCUGCGCUGCAGAGGGGUGCGUAAUGCCAAUGCUUACAUCCUGGUGUAUGACAUCUGCUGUGUGGAGAGCUUUGAGUACGUCAAGAUGAUCCGCCAGCAGAUCGUGGAGCACAGGGAGGGCAGCAGCAGUGAGGUUCCCAUCCUGGUGGUGGGCAGUAAGAGGGACCUGCAGCGCCAGCGCUUCACCCCUCGCAGGGCUGUCUCUGUGCUGGUCAAGAAGACCUGGAAGUGUGGCUAUGUGGAGUGCUCGGCCAAGUUCAACUGGCACGUGGUCCUGCUCUUCAAAGAGCUGCUGGGCAUCGCUGUGGCACGCGGCAUGAAACAGAACCACACCCCCGGGAUCCGCCUACAAGGGGCGCUACAGAGGAACCGCUGCACCAUCAUGUGACCCAGUGGACUCCCUCCAGUGUAGGGUGAAGUUGCCCCUAGGCGCUGAUCUUGGGUCAGUUUCGCAUUUUCCCCACUAAUGGCUAAGGUUAGGAUUGAGGAAGGGGAACCUGAUCCUAGAUCUAUACCUGGGGAAACUUCACCCCGGAGCAGUUCCUCCCCACCUAUGUCAGAGCCAUAAGAGCCUCACAGUCACACCUCAGGGGAAAUAAUAGGAAUAUGGAGAAGAAGACUUCAAUGUAAACAGCUGGAAAACAAACUGAGGCCUUCUGCUUUACUGAGCUGAUUUUCUUAUGAGGUUUAUGUGACUCCUGUGCUUUAGCUGCUAGGACUGACCUUUGGUCCUGUACAAGACGUACAUCUUUAUCACCUAUCAGAACACUCCAGUUCUGUCACAAUGUUCUUAUUGAGAGAAAGGAGGAAGAGGAAGAGGAGGAAGAAGAGGGUUUGUUAAUGAAUUUAGAGAAGUAGAGCAGCUACUUUACUUCCACAGCUCUGGUCAAAAUUACACACACAAUUAUCACCACACCACCAGGUGUGGUACUGAGCUCCCCAGAUCAUAAUGCAGCUAGACUAGAAUACCUCACAUAGAAUGUAUAUACCCAGACAAGGUAGGAGACAUCCAGAGCAUACUAUGUAUUGGCAUCCUACCACUCAAACAAACAUAAUACUUUCUGGAAAUGUCAAAGCAAUGUCUGAAUUGUGCAAGAUAUUUUUAUUGUUUGAGAAUGUGGUAAACGUGUCCUAUGAUUACAGACACCCUGUGACAAUGUUUGCACUGAAAAUGAGUACCUGUACUGUAUAUACGUACGUGCAUCAUUCAUUUGCAUGCUUUUGCAGGUCAGGGUUUAAUUGCACUGGUGUGAUUAUGUGUAGCUGUAAUUGAUUUACCUGUGUGUACACUAUAUAUACAAAAGUAUGUGGACAUCCCUUCAAAUUAGUUGAUUUGGCUAUUUCAGCCACACCCGUU